AUGCACCUCUGCCUCGAAUCACUCUUCACAAAGAAAGCAUCCUUCCCUAUCACUGGUCCAGACUGUUCGGGAAAUCCUCUUUUUGUCGUCUUAACAACUGCUGGACAGACUUGGUCACGUCAUGCUCUACUGGGGGCUGGGGCCACCGGGUAUCGUGGACCCAAGCCACCCAAUCACACAUUGCUUGUGACGCAGACUGCGCGAACAGGAGUCAGGGCAUCGCGACAGACCAUUCAGUCUCGGUCUAGCCGCCACUUUCAACCCUGA